UAAAGUAAUUUUUGUAAUAACAGUUUUUUCUUUUUUUUUUUGGCUAUUAACCUUGUUUUGACAAUUAGUUACCCUUAACCCCCUCCCCUCCCCCCUCAAGAGAAGAAGAUAUGCCGAAACUACCAAAGAAGACAUCGCUCACCUCUGUAGAGCAAUAUGAACUGAAUCAAUGGCUACAGGAGAAUAACAUUAAUCCAGCCAAAUUGCGACGAUCCUUCACCGAUGUCGUGCCCCUGGCCCGACUACUCUCCCGCUAUUAUCCCGAACUGGUCGAUGUCAACUUCUACCCGCCAAGGAAUAGUGUACAGAGCAAACUCUCCAACUGGGAUCUGUUUAGCAAGCGGGUACUAGUCAAGCUGGGACUGCGAGUGACCCGGGAAGAGAUGGAUCGUGUGGCCCGCUGUGUGCCCGGUGCCAUCGAUUUACUGCUGCAUAACAUCAUGAUUGCCCAUCAAGCCAAUCAGUAUCAUCGACGGCGGCAAGCGGAACAAGAUUCGGACUCUACCCAAACUUAUGAUGAAUACGACGACGAUGAGGACUACAAGAAUUGGGAUGACGGGAACAAGAUUCAGGACAUGCAGAGUCAUGCCAGUGGGCUGGCGGAGGCUGCUUCAAAGGGCUCGUCGCCAACUGCUUCUAUUCUACAGGCAGGAGGCUCUCCCACUGGAAGUGCGAGUGUCGAGAGUGGUCCAUCUAAUGUGAAGCUCCGAAAGGCUGCCGCUGCUGCUGCUACUACUGGGGGAAUGGGAAAGCAGCGAGCCACAUCGACGCUUGCACGCAAGAAGUCCAUGGUCGAGGACAAGGACAUCGUCAUGGUGAACGUGCGGAAACAGAUAGGCCGCCGACAACUUGCAACAAAAAAGCAUUAAGAUUGCCCGCUACCUGCAGAGGAACGCCCAUCUGGAGAGCAUGCUGCAACUGAAGGCGGAACGCA